CAAACAACAGUGUAGGAGGUUAGACAUAUUGCGUGAAUUUAGAGCUUUUGUGCACACGCGGACCUGCUAGUGUCCCCAUAAGCCUGCCAAAGGUCCUGGUCAGCUGGUGGUUCUUGCAGAGCUCAAACGUUGAAUGUGUUGGUAUUUACGGUGCUCUGCAACAAGCGGUUUUCCAACAAACAACAGGUGUCCGACUCGCGGUUUUAGCCUACUGAGAGUGGAAACGCAGUGCAGUGUUUGUUUUUGUCUUGUGAUAAAAAAAAUUCUGGAAAAAAGUAUCCAAACUAUUGGAAAAAGUAUUUUGUUACCCGGAUCUCGUUUUGUGUGGUGACAACAUUUUCGAAACGUUUUUUUUUCGAUUCAAGACGUUUCUUGAAACAAUGCAUCCGUCAGUGAGCGCGUUGCUGGAAGUGGAAAAGAAGAAGCGUUUUGUCUUGGCCUUCCUCGAUUUCAGUUCGACGGUGUGAGCUAGAUGUUAUCGCUGAAAUGGUUUUACGAUUGCUGUGAUUAAAAACCAACGAGUAAAACUGAAAAUAGAAGUGUUCGAAGGGUGGUAAAUGGAAUAUUGCUGCAAAGCUGGUAUAUUUUUCGGGUGAAAUCCAGUGUGUGUGUGUGUGCUUGCGGAAAAGGUGCCGAAAAGUGAUAUCAGUUGAAGUGGAAAAAAAUAUUGCGGAAUGCCAAUCGCUGAAGAUCGAGAAAAAAACAGUGAUUGACGGUGUUAUAAAUGUGUGCUAAUUAUUUAUUCAUACAGCGUCAAUAAGUAUAGUGGCGGACAGUGCAAAACAGAGAGGAGGAAAAACAAAAGAAACAGCAAGCGCGAAGAAGUUGAUAAUCGUCGCAUUCGAUUAGAGAGGAGUGCAGUUUGAGUGUUCUUUUUCGGGCAUACAGCCGGUUUAAAUAUUGAUCAUUGGGUCAUUCGAAGUUAGCAGUUGUUUUAGUACAACAGUGCGUAUGUUUUGAAGAGAUACUGUAAACCACCAACAGCAGCGGAGCCUGCCCCGAAUUGCAAUACAAUAAUGUUUUAGUGUUCCAAAAACUGUGUAUGUGCUCUUUGAUGGGCUAUUCGUGCAGUGAUACUGUGAAGCUGCCCGCGCUGAUGCCGCCCGAAGAAAUGAAGAAGGUGAUGAGUGUGGUAUUGCCGUUGUUUCCAGUUGGAAGCGCCACGACUUGAGUCGAACGACGUUCAGCAGCAGAUGGUAAUGAAGAGGCGCGGCAUUGUUGGUGCGGCGAUCCGUCAAAACUGAAACAAGUCGUUUGCAACAAUCAACGGUAGUCGGUAAUAUAACUUGUUUUGCGGUUUUCUGGCGUAGAGAGUGAAAUGAAAGUGUAAUCGCAUUUUUAAAACCAAUCAAAGAAGGCGGGUUUCGGUUUUUAUUUUGCUUCGCGCUCCGGUUGGCGAGAAAGAGGCGCGACGCGAAACAUGUGACGGAAGAUUGUGAGAGGAAAAUUGUGUUGUAUUGGCAGGUUACGAGCAGGAAUAGACCAUUAUUUCGAAUUACGGUUAAGGUGCGAUGUGAUUCAAGCGCAAACAGCAGGUGGGAAGUGAAAAUUAGAUCAAUUGAGUACAGAGAGAAGCAAAAAAAAUCAGUUCGCUGGAAAGAGGGGUAAACGAUUGCAGCUGCGAAAAUGUUGAAAAUUCAAAUGCUGGAGCAAAUCGUUGCCAACGAGAACAUGAUCGAGGAUGAUCAACUGGCGAUCGGUGGAAACGGAAGGGGCGGAGGGGCUGGUAGUGGUCAAUGCGCUGGCCCCUCCAGCAGUCCCAGGGAUGAAAAUGAUGAGACGAAAAGCCUGAACAGUGGUACCCGGCUGUCACCUCAAGGACGGCAGCAUAUGGGCGGGUGGACCACAGCCGCAUCCAACGCCAAACAGAAUGGACUGUCGACGACGCCGAGCAAGAGUGCCACCACCAGCCCGGACCGGCUCCGGGGGGCAACGCACGAUCUGUUCGAGCUACUGGAACGUGUGCAAUGCUCGCGACUGGAUGAUCAACGUUGCGUUCUUCCAUCGUACUUCACACAGAACUCCCGUGAAGAACGAAUCUUAAACCCCCACGGCAGCAGCAACAACAAUGACCCAUCGUCGGCGAACAAUCUCCUCGUUCAGAUGCCCCAACAACAAACCCGAUCGCUGCUGCGGCACUCGAACUCCAUGUCCUCGAAUCCACACUCGAAUUCCAGUUCGACGCCCGCAUCACCGCAUCUGCUCUCGAACAGUAGCAGCGGGCACCUUCAUCAUACGCUCUCGAACGGAAGCUCCCUACACCAUCGCCCGCAGUACCAGAGCCAAUCGUCGGUCAGUUCCCAAAGUUCGUCAAUCAUUUCGGCAGUCCCACCGCUACAACGAUUACUAGAGGAUCACCUCAGCAAAGCGGCUCCCUAUCCGAUGAUCGUGCUACCAAACCACGGAGGUUACUGGAUCGAUGGAACCGAUCAUGACUCGGGAUACGAUAUCCCAUCGCAUACGACCUGGCGAGUGGGUAAGAUCGAAUCGGACGACACGGCCAAGUGCUACCGGCGGUUUUUCAUCUCACGGGAACAUUCGAGUCUGGUCGGUCAUGAUGAUCAACUUGGUCCAGUACUGCUCUCGAUCAAGUCGGAAAAUGUGGCCAGUCAGGAUCAUAUUCGGAUACUGCUUCGACUACGAACAGGAACAAUGCAUGAAAUCAUUCCAGCCUCGUGCCUCGGAUCGAACCCUUCACCGAUCAAGAUGGCACGGUUAUUGAACGAACAGAUCAACGUUGACAGUUUUAUGCCUGUGCUGUGUCCGAAAGCAUCCACCCUGAUCGCAAGCUACGAUGAGCAUGUGCUAGUCACAAAUUUCAAGUUCGGUGUUCUCUACCAACGCUACGGUCAGACGGCUGAGGAAGAACUCUUCUGCAACAGUGAUACAACGCCAGCUUUCGAAGAAUUCCUCGAUCUUCUCGGUCAACGAAUACGGCUACGUGAUCACAAGGGUUAUCGAGGAGGACUAGACAUUCAAAACGGUCACACUGGCGAUACUGCUGUCUACGAAGUGUUCAAAGAACGGGAGAUCAUGUUCCAUGUUUCCACUCUACUUCCCUACACAGAAGGUGAUCCUCAGCAGCUACAACGGAAGCGACACAUAGGAAACGACAUCGUAGCGAUUGUGUUUCAAGAAGAAAACACUCCCUUCUCACCGGCGAUGAUUGCGAGUCAUUUCCUGCACGCAUUCAUCGUUGUUCAACCACUAGAACCCAACACUCCCAACUGUCGGUAUAAGAUUUCAGUGACCGCUCGCGAUGACGUUCCGUUUUUCGGUCCAACUCUUCCCCAACCAUCAGUAUUCAAAAAGGGACCUGAGCUGAAAGAGUUUCUCCUGACCAAACUGAUUAACGCGGAAAAUGCUUGCUACAAGGCGGACAAAUUUGCCCAAUUGGAACUACGGACAAGGACUUCCCUGCUACAGAAUCUGGUCGAUGAACUGAAGGAGAAGACGCGGGAUUUCCUGGGAGCUGAUUUGUUAGGAGCUCCGACUUCACCCACUCCAGAGACUCCGAAAUCUGAAGGUGGAUUCACUGGUUCUCGGUUCAUCGAUACCGUUAAGAAAGCGCUUAACGCCCGGCUAAGAUCACAGAACUCGGAUCCCACGAACGGAAUAGAUUCCAACCAAAAACAUCAGAAUUCUAUCAAAAAAUCCAAGGAGGUUUCCGACGCACCUUUCGGAUCAGGACAAGGCAUCAAUAUCGGUCGAUCACUUUCCAAAAGCAGUACAACUGGUUCGCGGAAAUCUCCCAACGAUUCGGUUGCCUCCUCACCGGACAUUACAUCACGCUGUUCGUUGAAUCCAAACAAUUUGAACAAUAACAACAGCAAUACCGCUAACAAUAACCACGGUGCAAAUGGUGUCCACGGACCAAAAGGACUUUCCAACGGAGUUGGUAACAACAACAACAACAAUGGUCCAGUAGCUAUGUCCGAAACGAGCGAUGACUCCAGUCUCAACAGUGUCGAUCUAGAUCCAAUGGAUGCCGGAGCGACCUACAUCGACAGCGAUACGGGGCUCGAGUCGAUGUCAUCGGCGGACGCCACGACGAAGGCUUGCUCGCUCUGUCUGGAUGGCGGUGAUCGGACGGAACGGUCCACCAAUGGCGGUGGCAGUGUGAUCAGUGUCAGUGUCGGUACCGGUAGUACCGGUGGGGAUAGUAUCCGGGAUCUGAGGAGUAGCACCGGUAGUAAUGCGGGUACGACGACGGCUAACUGUAUGGGUGGAAGCGUUGCUAGCGGUGGUGCUGCCGGGCUGAUUAUGGCGCAGGAGGUGGUACAGCAGUUGGACGGGUUCAAGCAGGAAAUAACCCGGUUGAAGUGUGAUAAGCUGGAUCUGCUGAGGCAGAAUGUGACCUGCCAGCGAGACAUCAAACGGUUACGGGAGCGAGAACUAUCCCUACAGGGAGACCUGGCAGCCGCCGGUAAAGAAAUCCUGCGGCUACGUGAUCUACUAAAGGAAUAUAUGCCAACAGCGGCAACGGAACCAAUGUAAAUUGGCGAUGCUUUAACCAAAAAAAAAACGAGAUAAAAAAAAUCUACCCACCAUCACAAGCUACACAUACACCACAAACCUGCAACAUGUGCUAACUACAUCGCCGUAUCUGUUGACUGUGCUGUGCACUACUAGUAUUCCGUGGCCUGUUGCUAAGGAGCAAUUUUAGCUCCUUCGAAUACCAUUCGACCAAAAAAAAGUCGAAAAAUAACGAAAUCUCAUCAAAUUUUUUUUUCUGGUACUACUCAUUUAAUAUUUCUAGAUGAAAAAAGGAAAGUAAAAUAAUUAAAAAGUUAUUUGUUUAGUGUAAAAAAGUUCGUUUUCAUAUUAUUGUUUCUAUUUAUUUCAUAUUCCACUAGGAAGUUCUUUUCGUAACUAUUUAGUAUAUAAGGAGUCCCUUCCCUCUCAUACCCCCUUACACCCAUUC